CGUGCUGCCCUUGGCAACCCAGGCGAGUCACGUGACGGAGCAGGGGCGCCGGGCUCUUUGCUCGCCAAAGGAAGAAGGGAAGCAGCCGCGCGGUGUCCCUCAGUGCCUCUCAGCUGGACUGUAUCCACCGCCCCGGCCAGGAUGUCGGGCAAGGACCGGAUCGAGAUCUUCCCUUCGCGGAUGGCUCAGACGAUCAUGAAGGCCCGUUUGAAAGGAGCCCAGACAGGUCGCAACCUCUUGAAGAAAAAAUCUGAUGCUCUGACUCUACGAUUCCGGCAGAUUCUUAAGAAAAUUAUUGAGACAAAGAUGUUGAUGGGUGAGGUGAUGAGAGAAGCUGCAUUUUCACUUGCUGAGGCAAAGUUCACGGCUGGAGAUUUCAGUACUACUGUGAUCCAGAAUGUGAACAGAGCUCAAGUCAAGAUCAGAGCCAAGAAAGACAACGUAGCAGGUGUGACUCUGCCAGUUUUUGAACAUUACCAAGAAGGAGGAGACAGUUAUGAGCUGACUGGUUUAGCCAGAGGUGGAGAACAGCUGGCCAAACUGAAAAGGAACUAUGCUAAAGCAGUAGAGCUCCUUGUAGAGCUGGCCUCUCUGCAGACAUCAUUUGUUACACUGGAUGAAGCUAUCAAGAUAACAAACAGGCGUGUGAAUGCUAUUGAACAUGUGAUUAUUCCCAGGAUUGAACGCACACUGUCUUAUAUCAUCACUGAGUUGGAUGAACGAGAGCGAGAGGAAUUCUACAGAUUAAAGAAGAUCCAGGAGAAAAAGAAGAUAAUAAAAGAGAAGAAUGAAAAAGAGAAGGAGUUACGGAGAGCUGCCGGAGAGCAAGAGCAAGAGCAAGAACCUGCUAACUUGCUUGCAGAAGAAAAAGAUGAAGAUCUUCUCUUUGAAUAGUGGUAUAUGUCUGUGUUGGACUGAGAGCAAUGAGUUAAGAUACCGUUUCUGGGUGCACUGUGGUCCUUAUUUAUGUUGUGGCUCUUCAUUUGCUGUAUUAGCUUGUGCUAUCCACUUGCUCUGGAUUUAUUCCAGGAACUUGUCUGUUAUGGAAAUCAGCUCAUGUGUAAUGAUUAUUGAACACAGGUGAAGCCGAUGCAUGGCCAGUUCUACUUCUCAGUCUCCAUUUCAUUCCUCUGGCACAGAAGUCGCCUGAACCUUUUACUUCUGCAGUUCUCUUGGCUAUGCUUAGACUCCCCCUUUCCCCCAAACUGCCAAAUUGUUGUUCGAAUCUGCUUCAUGUUCACAGCUGAAAGCAGGUUGUACCACCUUGCAAAUACAUUGAUAAAAAUCUUUAUUUCUAUUGGCUUUCCUUUCUCUAAGGGAAGUUACCUCCAUUUUAUGUUGUAUCUGCCAAUUCAUUAGUGCUGUGAAAAACCAGUAAAGGAAUCUCUUGAAACUCA